AUGGCUCGACAUCAACUAUCAUCGUUUUCACCGCGUCUUAGCCGAUUUUUCGAUGAAUUCCGUGAUCUUGACAUGGCAAGACCAUUCUUCCAACGACCUUAUUGGACAGAUUAUCAGUUCGAGGAUUCUCAUAAAUUGGGUUCCGGUAUUGGCCAGAUAAUCGAUGACGAUGAACAUUACUCGGUGACCAUUGAUGUGUCACAAUUUGCACCAGAAGACUUGAAAGUUUCCGUAAGUGAUGGGAUGGUUAUCAUUGAAGGUAAACAUCCAAUGAUCAAGGAUCAAUUUGGAGAAAUUGAACGACAAUUCAUUCGUCGUUUAGUGUUACCGAAAGGUGUAAAACCUGAACUGGUAACUAGCGAAUUAACAAAAGAUGGUAAAUUGACAGUGCAAACACCAAAGAAAGAGAAGAAUCAGACACAAACAAGGACAGUACCAAUUUUGAGAAAAAAUUGA